CGUUUUGGAAAGACGGUGAUUGGUGAGGUUUUGGCUGCGUUGUUGUCCUCUUCCUGAGCACCGGGGACCGUUUGCCUCACACUCCCGCGAGAGCGAAGUAGAGGAAGAAGUCCGGCCGCCCGCUUCCCGUCUCCGUUCUCGUCGUCUGUGCUUCACUGCUUCUGCGUUUGAUACAACUCUCGCCAUGCCUGGUGUCCGUCAAUCCGCCCGAAGGAAGGCUGCCGAGCCUAAGGAGGAUGUGCCUCCCGUCAAGAAAGAAAGAGCUACCAGGGCCAAAGGAGGUAAGAAAGCAGAGGAAGAAAAGAAACCGGCAAAGAAAAAUGAAAAAGUAGCUAAGAAAGAGGAGCCAGUGAAGAAAGAUGAAACUAAGGAAGAACCAGAAGACGACAGUGCUGAAGAGGAGGAGAAUGGUGACAAAAUAGAGGAUGAGGAAGAGGAGGAGGAAGAGGGGGCUAAGGGUAAGAAGGUUGAACCCGAAGAUGAAGAAUCUGAUGAAAACUCUGACAAAGAAGAAGUGGAAAAAGAAGCUCCAGCAAAGAAGGGAAAGGGAAAAGGAAAAGGAAAAAGAGCACCUGCUAAGGUUGCUGUUGAACACUGCAAAUCAUGACGUGUAUAUAACCGGAAUGCCAUCCAGAUUACCGAUGGCAUCCGAGGUGAGUUCCCCGAUGUUAAGGUGGAGCUCAACCCUAAGAAGCCACGGAGCAAAUCAUUUGAGAUAACUGUAACGUUUGAUGAUGGAGAGAGUGAAUUAGUUUGGAGUGGCAUUGACAAGGGGCCUCCUCGUAAGCUUAAAUUCCCUGAACUUGAGGAAGUUCUUGAAGAGAUACACAAGCAUGUGUGAAGUGCUGAAAUUAUGGGGUGGUAUUAAUUUGGUUGAGCUGAGCUGCUUUGGUAUAGUUUAGUACGACCAAUAAUUUUUAUAAGUUCUACUAUAUCAUGAGAUGUGAAGGUUACUUGAGCAAUGUGAUUUUGACAACCUCAUCUUUAGUAAAGUUAUUUUUUUUUCUUUAUUCAUCUUUAAGCAACUUGAUAACUCUAUUAUGCAUUUGGUUUAUGAAAGUUGGAAUAUAAAGGUUUAAAUGCUUUAUUUCGACCAGAAGUUUUGAAUGCAUUGCAGAGGAUAUUGGGUGUUAAAAGGUACAAUCUGGAAGAUAGAAUUUCUUUGAGUGUAGAAGAUAGAAUUUUUCUUUGAGUGCCACCCCUGUUGAAGUAUCAUUUAGAAAUCACGUGGUUUUUUUUUAUAAUUUUUUUAUUUACCAUUGCAGAAAGUUAGUGAGGUUUUCUCCAAAUGAUUUUCUGUGGUCCAUUUUCCAGUUUUCAUUUAUUAAAGUUUUCCCUUGUAAAGUAAGAAAUGAAUAGCAUUGUGACAUUUAUUUUAAGUUUUGUUCAGUUUUUUAAGGAGUGAUGAACAGAGAAUUCUUUAUUUUAUUUUUUUUUUUAUUACUAUCCAUGCAUUUUGAGUUCAUCUGUUUUAUGAAGGCUUCAAUAUUUUGUUUACGCGGAAAGUACCUGGAUUGUUUAUCCUUGUUAGUUUUAACUCUUAAGGUUUUAAGUACUAAUAUCCCUUAUUGAAGUAUUGAAAGUAUCCAUUAAUCUUUGAAAUUUAUACAAAACAUAUCCAUUAAUAAUUGUAAUUAGGAUAUUCAAUUCUUUAUUUUAGUUAUUUUUUUAAGGUAUCAUGGAGAUUUCAUAAUGUAUAUUUUUUCAGAAUAAAACUACUAUUGUGAAUUGCUCAAUACU